AUGUACGAAUGCGAGAUCAUCAAACGACCUUGCAACAAUCUGGCAACAUUUGGCAAACGAUGCUUUUGCUUGCGUUCAAACAUUUUAUCGAACGACCUGAAGUGGCUCAUGUGCUCGUGCAUUCCUUGCCAGUCGAAACCAGCCAGCAGCAGUUCGCGGAUGAUGGAGAACCAUACCUCCUACAAGCUCCACCACCCAAGCCUCCUCGUCCAAGAUGAAACCAACACGCCUACUGACAUCUACCGAAUGAGCGCCAAAUUAUCGAAAAAAAUGAAAAAUUUAAGGCUGAAAAAUGCGACUCAAGGUGAAGACGUUAUUCAUCGAUUGGACGGGGAAAACUGGAAUGGAGAUGGCGAUGCAAACAACAUUCCACUGAAUGAUGGCGACGACCAAGCGAAAAAACUUGCUGGAAACUUAAUUCCAGAUGAUCUAAACUGCUGCUCCGAUGCUCUGCCAAAUAAAAUGAAUUCAAUUUGAACGUUCAGAUGUAAUAAUUCGGGAAGAGGUGAGAGAGGAUGAGGUUGCAGAUCUUCCUCCUUGAAACUUUUUGAAACUGUAAAGUAACAUCUCAAAUGGACCAAAUUUUCAAUAAUCAACUUGAGUGUAUGGCAUGAAUUAAUUACUGAACUGUGAAAAUGAAAAUCCCAUGUAAAAAUUUGCUAUUGAGUUAUAAAAUAAUCUAAAACAAUCUCUAGAAAAAUUGAGCCACAAUAUAUUCUUUUAUUUUACACACGCAAUUUUUGAAAAUCCGAAAGUUAAAUGGGAUAAAUCUAUUGUCUAUAGAUAUUUUUUAUGAAAAAUUGAACAAUUAUGUGGACUG